AUUCGAAUCUUUCGUCUCUCGUCGCAGAGGCAGAGCAGCCUCCAAUGGCGCUUCCUCCUCCUCCUCCCUUCUCGCUCUCGCGCUCUUCUCGCGUCUGCGUAGGCGUGGCACACGCCGUCCCCCACAGAUCCGCGGAAACUGUACCAGAUGCCGCCCCGCAGCUCUUGCUCAUGCGCGCGCACGCGCGCGCCGGCCGCAUGCAGCCCGCGCGUCAGGCGUUCGACGCAAUGCUGCCGCGGGACAGGUCGCUCGUCGCCUGGACCGUGCUCAUGUCAGGGUAUGCCACGCACGGGCCGGCCUCCGAGGCGCUGGACCUGCUGCUCCGCAUGGUGGAGUGGCCGCUGAGGCCCGACGCGUUCGUCUUCUCCGUCGCGCUGCGCGCCUGCGCAGCCGCCGGGAGCCUCGGCGUCGGAAGGCAGGUCCACGCCGCCGCAGCCAAGAUGGGGUACGUCGGGGCCGACCUCUUCGUGGCGAACGGCCUCGUCACGAUGUACGCGAGCUGCCGGUCGUUGGGUUGCGCCGAGAAGGUGUUCAGUGGUAUUGCCGCGCCGGAUUCGGUUUCUUGGACUUCAAUGCUCAGCGCCUACACUGAAAACGGCUGCGACACUCAGGCGCUAAUGCUGUUCCUGGAAAUGAUCCAUGGUGGCGUUUCAUGUGAUGCGUACACUCUCUCUGUUGCACUCCGAGCAGCUUCCAGCUUGGGCCAUGUCCGUUUGGGAUAUCAGCUGCAUUGCUACAUGAUCAAGUCAGGAUUCGUUCCCAGUGAAUUCUUGGAGAACUGCCUGAUCGAGUUCUAUGGUAGGUGCAGGGAAUUGCAGCUGAUGCAGAAAGUGUUUGAUGAGAUGAAUGCGAAGGACUUGGUUUCUUGGAAUAUUGUCAUCCAAUGCUAUGCGGACAACCUGUGUGAUGAGGAGGCUUUGGUUCAUUUCCGGGAUCUGAUGUACAAAUGCGCAGAAUGCGAUGAGUAUACACUGGGCAGUAUUUUGCAUGUUAUUACUAGAAGAUGUGCUUUUGAUUAUGGCAGGGAAAUUCAUGGUUACCUCAUUAGGGCUGGUUUGGACUCGGAUAAGUAUGUCAUGAGUGCUCUCAUGGAUAUGUAUGUCAAUUGGGCCACUCUGCGCAAGAGCCGGUCUAUGUUACCUUUGAGAAUGCUUAAGUACUAUUUAUCGGUACAGGGAAAGCUGGAUCAGUUCAUUGUGGCCAGCAGUUUGAAGUCAUGUGCUUCUGAUCUUGAUUUGGCUGCAGGACGGAUGCUACAUGCCUGCGUAUUAAAGUUUGAUGUGAAUCCGGAUCCUUUUGUGAUCAGUUCAUUGGUUGACAUGUAUGCUAAAUGCGGUUCUUUGGAGGAAGCACAUAUUCUAUUCUCGAGAACUAAGGAUCCUUGCACAGUUGCAUGGUCCGCUAUAAUAUCAGGCAGCUGUUUGAACGGUCAGUUUGAAAGAGCGAUCCAUUUGUUUCGGACAAUGCAGUUGGAGCAUGUACAACCUAAUGAAUUUACAUACACAUCUGUACUUACAGCAUGCAUGGCUCUUGGGGAUGUUGUAAGUGGAAUGGAAAUCCAUAGCAACUCGAUCAGAAAUGGUUAUGGAACCAGUGAUUCUGUUCUGAGAAGCCUGAUUAGCUUUUACUUAAGAGAAGGACAGUUCAACCAGGCCCUUCGCUUGUGCUUGUCACUCUCAAAUAGUGAAAUUUCUUGGGGUACGCUGUUUCAAGAGUUUGCUGAACUUGGUGAUCAUCUUGGAAUACUUAAUCUUUUUCAUGUAAUCCAACGUUCUGGUGGGGUGCUUGACUACCCAACUGCAUGUCUUAUCUUGAGUUCUUGUGGAAAGAAAGCACAUCUUCCUGAAGGGUUGCAAGCACAUGCCUACCUUAUGAAGCGUGGACUUUCUUCUACAGGCUGUAUGUGCGAUUACCUUAUCGACAUGUAUUCAGGUUGUGGUAGCCUCACACAUGCAUUUGAGGCCUUCAGAAAUACUUCAGGCAGGAAUUCUUCUUCUUGGACCUCAAUAAUCAUGGCUAGUGUAGAAAAUGGUUGUCCAGAGACAGCCAUUCGCCUGUUUGUGCAGAUGUUAAGGAAGGAGAAAUCACCAAAUUCCCUAGCAUUCUUAUCGGUGCUGAAGGCCUGUGCGGAAAUCGGCCUUGUAAAUGAAGCUUUCCAGUUCUUUGUAUCCAUGACCGAGGUUUACAAAAUACAACCUUCAGAGGAGCAUUACUCCCACAUGAUUGAGGUUUUGGGCCGUGCUGGCAUGUUCAAGGAAGCAGAGCAUUUCAUUGAUAGUGUAGUCCCUUCAGAAUCUGGUGCUUCAGCCUGGAGUUUACUCUGUUCUGCUGCCAAACAGAAUGGAAAUGCCAAAACCAUGAGGCUUGCAGCAGACAGGCUAUCAAAACUUACUCCGGAUGGUUGUUGAGCAAAUGCUCCACCUGGAAAAUCCUCACAAAUCACUUCCAUGUUAAUAUAGCACUAACAUUAUGGAGAUACUAACAGUCAGUUUGUCCAGUGGAGGUAUGAAUUGUCAGCUUGUAGGUCGCACAGCAUCCGCACAUUUUACCAGCGGACCAAGAGAGUCUCCACUUUCCACUCUUGGAGUCUUGCUUUGAAAAUUCCUGUAUAUGCAAUUCUUUUUUUUAAGGGAAAUGCCUUUACCAGACAGAAAUUUGGCCUUUACCAGUGGUAUCGUUCGACAGUUUAUUGCAAAAGAUUCUGCAGGGUUGGGGGUAUUGUAUAGUAUAGUGGCAGUAGUGAACAUUGUAACUGCAAAUUGUUGUACUCCUAAUUUGUAUAUAUAGGUACUACACUUUAGACGAUGUACAUAAUUUCUUCUGUCUUUGGUUGGAAUAUGAUUCUUCUAGCAAAAAGGGGAAAAGAUUCCACUGGGUUAUUAUGAUUAAAAGCAAGA